AAGCAGCCAGUCCCCUUGCCCUCUGCUCACUUGGUUCUUACUCUGCCAGCUGCGCAGUCCCUAGGCAAGACCUGGGUCCCCGGCCACUGCAGAAGUCCUGUUGAAGCCGUAUGCAACUUUGUGUGUGACUGCGGAGACUGUUCAGAUGAAGCCCAGUGUGGUUUCCACGGUGCCUCGACCUCCCCGAGUAGCCCUUUCUCCUGCAGCUUCGAGCAGGACUCCUGUGGCUGGCGGGAUAUCAGCACCUCCGGCUACAGCUGGCUUCGAGACCGGGCAGGAGCAGUGCUGGGUGGUCCUGGGCCUCGUUCUGACCACACACAGGGCACUGACUUGGGCUGGUACAUGGCUGUGGGAACCCACCAUGGGAAAGAGGCGGCCACUGCCACUCUGCGCUCCCCUGUCAUGCGUGAGGCAGCCCCUACCUGUGAACUGAGGCUCUGGUACCACACAGCUUCUCGAGAUGCUGCUGAGCUGCGACUGGAGCUGAUUCAUGGUGUGGAGACACUGACCCUGUGGCAGAGCUCAGGACCCUGGGGUCCUGGUUGGCAGCGGCUGGCAGUGAACACUGGCCGUAUCCAGGGUGACUUCAAAGUGACAUUUUCUGCCACCCGAAAUGCCACACACAGGGGUGCCGUGGCCUUGGAUGAUGUGGAGUUCCGGGACUGUGGGCUGCCUGUCCCUCAGGCCAGCUGCCCCCUGGGACAGCACCACUGCCAGAACAAGGCCUGUGUGGAGCCCCACCAGCUGUGUGACAGCGAAGACAACUGUGGGGACAGAUCUGACGAAGACCCGCUCAUCUGCAGCCAGCACAUGGCCACUGACUUUGAGACGGGCCUGGGACCAUGGAACCAGUUGGAGAACUGGACCCGGAACUGCAGUGCUGGCAGCGUGGUGAGCCCUGCCUGGCCCCACCGAGAUCACAGCCAGAACAGUGCAUAUGGGUUCUUCCUAGUCUCUGAGGCCAAGCCUGGCACCGCUGCCGUCCUCUUUAGCCCUGAGUUCCAAGCCUCAGUCCCUUACAACUGCUCGCUCACCUUCUAUUACUACCUGCAUGGAUCUGAGGCCAGCCGCUUGCAGCUGUUCCUGCAGGCACAGGGGCUCAACGCCACCCAGGCUCCUGUCCUCCUGCGGAGCCACCGUGGAGAGCUGGGGACAGCCUGGGUCAGAGACCGGGUUGACAUUCAGAGUGCCCACCCAUUCCGAAUCCUCCUAGCUGGGGAGACUGGUCCAGGAGGCAUUGUGGGCUUGGAUGACCUCAUCAUAUCCAACUACUGCAGACUUGCUCCCGGUGAUAUGCCCAAGGCCCUCCCCUGGCCUGCCCAGACGUCCAUCAGACUGCCCCAGAACGCCUGCGAGCCAGGGCAUCUCUCCUGUGGAGAGCUGUGUGUGCCCCCGGAGCAGCUCUGUGAUUUCCAGCAGCAGUGCGCCGAGGGCGAGGAUGAGUGGAAGUGUGGCACCACAGACUUUGAGUCCGCCUCUGCCGGUGGCUGGGAGGACAUCAGUAUAGGAAAGCUGCAGUGGCAACGGGUUGAAGUCCAGAACAGGAAGCCUGCCAGGGAUGCCAACUGGGAUGUUCCUGGGCACUUCCUGUCUCUGCAGAAGGCCUGGGGGCAGCUAAGAUCUGAGGCCCGGGUUCUCACACCUGCCCUGGGCCCCUCUGGUCCUCGCUGUGAACUCCACAUGGCUUACUGUUUUCACAGUCAUCCCCAAGGUUUCUUGGCACUGGUUGUGGUACAGAAUGGCUUCCGGGAGCUGGUGUGGCAGGCCCCAAGCAGCAGCAGCAGGGGAUGGACGGUGGAGAAGGUUCUUCUUGGGGCACGCCAUCGACCAUUCCAGCUGGAGUUCGUCAGUCUGGUGGACUUGGAUGGCCCUGGCCAGCAGAGGGCUGGGGUGGAUAAUGUGACCCUGAGAGACUGCGACCCCACAGUGACCACUAAGAGUGACCAAGAGGUCUCCUGUAACUUUGAACGGGACUCAUGCAGCUGGCACACUAGCCACCUCACAGAUGCCCACUGGCACCGUGUAAGAAGCCAUGGCUCUGAGUACGACCACACCACUGGCCAAGGUUUCUUCAUGUUCCUGGAUCCCACAGACCCACCUGCUCGUGGACAAGGUGCUGUCUUGCUUACAAGACCCCAGGUGCCGCUUGCCCCCAAGGAAUGUCUCAGCUUCUGGUACCAUCUGUAUGGGCCCCAGAUUGGGACACUGCGCCUGGCCAUGAGGAAGGAUGGGGAGGAAGACACACUGCUGUGGUCCAGGUUGGGCACCCAUGGCAACCGCUGGCACCAGGCUUGGGUCACUCUUCACCACCAGCUAGAGGCUAGAACCAAGUACCAGCUGCUGUUUGAAGGCCUCCGGGAUGGGUACCAUGGCACAAUGGCCCUGGAUGACAUAGCUGUGCGGCCAGGCCCCUGCUGGGCCCCCAAGAGCUGUUCCUUUGAAGACUCUGACUGUGGCUUCUCUCCAGGGGGCUUAGGGCUGUGGAAGCGCCAGAGUAAUGCCUCAGGCCAUGCUCCUUGGGGUCCUUGGAUAGACCAUACCACAGAAACAGCCCAAGGGUACUACAUGGUGGUGGACACCAGUCCAAAUGUACUGCCCAAGGGUCAUGUGGCCUCUCUGACCUCAGAGGAGCACCAGCCCCUGACCCAGCCUGCCUGCCUGACCUUCUGGUACCAUUUUAGCCUUCAUAACCCAGGCACCCUGAGGGUCCACAUGGAAGAGGACACAAGGCGUCAGGAGCUCAGCAUCAGUGCCCAUGGUGGAUUUGCCUGGCGUCUGGGCAGUGUGAAUGUGCAGGCCGAGCAGGCCUGGAGGGUAGUGUUUGAGGCCGUGGCCGCAGGUGUGGAGCGUUCCUACAUGGCUCUGGAUGACCUCCUCCUCCGAGAUGGGCCCUGUGCUCAGCCAGGGUCCUGUGACUUUGAAUCUGGCCUGUGUGGGUGGAGUCACCUGGCUUGGCCCAGCCUAGGUGGGUACAGCUGGGACUGGAGCAGCGGAGCCACCCCAUCGCGCUACCCCAGACCCACAGUGGACCAUACCCUGGGUACAGAGGCAGGCCACUUUUCUUUCUUUGAAACCAGCGUGCUCGGUCCUGGGGGCCAAGCAGCCUGGCUGCGCAGUGAGCCACUGCCAGCAACCACAGCCUCCUGCCUCUGCUUCUGGUACUACAUGGGCUUUCCUGAGCAUUUCUAUAAGGGCGAGUUGAGGGUGCUUUUGAGCAGUGCCCGAGGCCAGCUAGCUGUGUGGAGCCAGAGAGGGCGCUUGCGGCACCAGUGGAUACGAGCCCAAAUCCAAGUGUCCAGCUCUGAGGAGUUCCAGAUUGUUUUUGAAGCCAUUCUGGGUGGCCAGCCAGCUCUGGGGCCCAUAGCCCUAGAUGAUGUGGAGUACUUGGCAGGACAGCACUGCCAGCAGCCUGCACCUAGCCAGGGUGAAAUGGCAGCAGCUGUGUCUGUGCCAGUUGCUGUUGGAGGGGCCCUCCUCUUCUUCGUGUUCCUGGUGCUCCUGGGCCUUGGGGGCUGGCGUUGGCUACAGAAGCGCUUCCCCUUUCAUAGGAGUACAGAUACAGCAUCCUCUGGUUUUGACAAUAUCCUCUUCAAUGCGGAUCAAGUUACCCUCCCAGAAUCCAUCACCAGCAGCUCCCCAACCAGACAAGGCCUGGCCCCUCGUGCCAACUCCCACAGCAUUCAGCCCUCAGAUGCCUAACCUCCGUUUGGGCCUGGAUGUACGGAUUGGGUCAUGCUUAGUUUCUACAGCUCUUCCUCCAUCUGGUGACUUUGCCCUCUGGUGUGAUCAAGGGUAGAGGGAUCCUUGCACUGUGAAUAAAUGUUCUUCACCAGUGAGAGCAACCCAAGCUUUCAGACUGCAUUUCAUAUACACUGUACUUGGCAUGAUAUAUCAUGGCCGCCAGGGUUCAAGACCAGAGACAAAAUUCAGGGAGUGGAUGUGGAACCCCCUCAUUGCUUUUGGUGCAGCUCAGAAAUUACAGGA